AUGGCUUCUGCAAACAGAACCUUGACACUCUUUGCCGUACUCAUUGCCUUGCUUGUAACCUUGGCAGUGUCCAAACCAAUUCCGGAACUUGAUGAAAGAACCCCCCCUGUCCUAACCCUUUUGCCACAGCCUAGUACUUGGGAUCUCCAAACCACGCAAACUACUGCUUGGUCGUGUCCUCAAUGUUCGACUUCAGAGUUGGUAAAGCUUGUCGUCAUCUGCAAUAAGAAUUCGGUAUAUACCACAACUGCUACCAAUGCUUUCAGCGGUCAAGCAAACAUUCAAGUCGAUCCAAGUUGGGCUGUUAAAGGCUACACCUGUUUCAUUCAAAUAUCGCUAGUAAAUGCCCCUAGCAUUUCUGCAACAAGUAGUUCAGCAAUUACUAUUAAUUAG